AUGGGGUUAAUGCGUGGACUCUUACUCACCUCCAAUGUUUGUCUCAUCCUGAUGAGUUUAAUUUAUUUGACUGCUCAUAUUGCAAUGAUGGUCGCAUGGUUUAUUAGAUAUAGCGAUUCUAGUUAUCAAAAUGUUAGAUCGUAUGCAAUUUCCGAUUUAUUUCUCAUCUUCCCUGAUUGCUUACUGAUGGUGGUCGGAAUGAUUGGAAUUCUUGUAUUUGCCUCACCUAAAUGUAUCAAUGAGAAGAGACAAAAACAAUUGCAAUAUUUCCAUUGUUUGGCUUCAGUAUUCGGAGUUUUGGCUGUUGUCUUCUCUCACUUGAUUGGAUGGGCUCAUCAAUAUUCCUUAACUGUUAUUUAUGUACAAUUGUUAUCUUUAAUGGCUGAUAAGAGUAUGAUGUCUUUUUUGAAUCCUUCAUUGAGUUUGGUAUUUUGGGUGUUUUUGGUGAUUAAUUAUAUUGUUGGAGCUGUUACUUCGGUUAAAUGUUUGAAGGAAAAGUGUCCUGAUUUGCUUUAA